AUGCACGCAUCGGAAUCUGAGCCUGACACUCCUCCUGGAUACUAUGAACAAGGAAAUAUACCCUUAGAUUACCUUGAACCUGAAUAUGAACCUAUGCCUGAGGAUGAUCAUAUACGCUUCUGUUCAUUAUCUUCGAUCUCCAGCAUUUCAUCUCUUCGUACCACCAACUCCGUCUGUCUACUCGCUCUGUCUCGUCACCGCCGUCCGUCUCAUCGCCGCCGUCCGUCUCCGUCCGUCUCUCCUCCGUCCGUCUCCAGCCGUCGUGGCCGUUACCUCUCUUCUCCGGCAUCACUGUUUUCAGUUCCUCCGUCCUCCGUCCUCCGUCUCCGCCACCGUUUCCGCCUCCGUCUCCGCCUCCGUUCGCCGUUUCCGCCUCCGUCUGUUCUCCGUUCUCCCUCCGUUCUCCGUUAUCCCUGCAUCCCUUUAGGUUCAAUGGCUUCAGAUAAAGAUGCUCCACCUGCAAACUCACAAGAAAACUCACAAGAAAGAGAUGCUCCGGAUACAAAUGCUCCACCUGAUACUGAAGCAAAAGAAGUUGCACGAGGCAUCACGAUUAUGAAGGGAAUCAUACGACAUAGAGACCAAGGAUUAGUAUACCCUUUGGAAUGGAAUUCUGAAAACCAACCAAUUGGUCCUAAUUCUGCAACGUUGACAAGUUACAUUGGUACACUUGUUCGUAUGCAUAUUCCAAUCUCCGUAGCUAAAUGGAAUAUGAAGAGUGACGACUUGGAUAAUAAAAAAAAGGCGAUUUGGGAAGAGCUUCAGAGGACCUUUGACAUCCCAGAUGAGCGUAAAAAGGCAUUUCUUCUUGCCAACUAUUCUUAUCGGCACCGUGUUAUCGCCUAG